CGGCCAACGCUUCAAAGUCGGUGCCAGCUCACACUUUGAUCCUCGCCACGCCAUUCUUUGGCAUACACGCCCCAUCGCACAAGCCUUUGACCAGUUUAAAACACCAAUCUGAAGAGCAACAAGAUCGUUUUGCUAGCAUGUCACUACUAGAUCAACAAAAUACUGCACCUCCCGAAAUCAGGGCAGUUGUUAACUUUCUCCGUUCAAAGUCAGGACCCAAACUGCGAACUGGGGUGCUGGACGGCAAGCGAGUAGAUUACUUCAAAGGCUCUGGUGCUGUCAAGGCCCUCCUAACCCCAGCCUAUGCUAAACUAAAGAAUACUCCGAAGGUGACAUCGGAGGUCGAGGCGAAGGAGCUCCUGUCACAGACGAUACGGCAUGCAUUCUUCCUUCGAGUUAAUAAGGGUGAUAGUAUUACCCUCACCUCUGGACAAACCAAAACGAAGGCAAAGGUCGACUCUUUCAUCCCACUUUGGGACUGGGAUAUCAAAAAGAAAAAGAAGGGAAAGAAGGAGGGAAAACCCAAGAAAAAGGGCAAGGACGAGGGUUCGCGACCAGACACUCCCGAUGAUAGUCUACGCCCGCCAAAGGCUGCUUUUGCUUCAGACUCCGAUACAUCGAGGCCCGCUUCUUCAAGGGGCGGCGCAAGAAUUGAAGAGGCUCUCUCUCUUGCACAUGCCCAACUUUCUGAAGUGAUGUGGGACAUGACUUUGAAGAAGGUUUUGG